UGACGAAUACUGUUUGAUGCAUUGUGGGAAAUGCCGUUGCGACAACAACAAAGACGCCUUACUGAUUUUAAAAGCAAUAUUUACACAAGAAGAACCAUCUGAUAUCUAAAUUAUUUAUCACUGUAUAUUGACAUACACAAACAUUGCAUUCAGAUUAUAAAAAGAAUAUUUGAAAAGGCCUUAGAAAUCAUUUAUAAAAGCCCUCAUCUAUCAAUACAUAUAAUGGAACAUGUGAAAACUACUGGUAACGAUAUGGACGAUUUCGAUGAUGCAGAGUUAGAAGAAUUAUAUAGCUGGAUUGACGGCAUUCCACUGUCCAGACCAAAAAGAAACAUAGCUAGGGACUUUUCUGAUGGCGUUUUGGUAGCAGAAUUAGUAAGGCAUUGUUGUUCACAAAAAGGUUUGGUUGACCUUCACAACUACACAGGUGCUAACAGCACAAAUAAAAAAGAAGAAAAUUGGCGUUUAAUGAACAGAAAAGUUUUUACCAAAUUGGGUUUUGAACUUGGGGAUGAUGUGAUGCGAGAUGUUAUAACAGCAAAGCCAGGAGUUAUAGAAAAAGUUUUAAUGAUGUUACGCACAAAACUGAAUAGAGCAGAAUGGGAAUUAAAGAAGCAAACACAGAAGAGUAAAGGAGGGGGAGGUAAAAAAGAAAGUGAUAAACCAGAAGCUGAUCAGUAUAUGGUUGUAAAAGGCAAUGACCCAUGGGGUUGGGAGUCAGAAUUUCUGGAAAGAGACUGGACUCGGGGAAUAAAAGUUUAUGGAUCACCAAGAGGAAAAGGAAUGAAACAAGACACAACUAGAGGAUACCCUUAUCUUCAGAGAGAUCCUCAGCUUGAGUUGAUAACUCUCUACAAUCUAGACAGGCCAGAUUACCCAAGUAUCCCAAAACACAAAAUUAUUAGAUCAAUAGCUGAAAGUGAUGCUGUACCAAGGAUUUUAUUUGAAGAAAAAGAACAAGAAUGUCUAGCUAAAGAUGAAACUAUAAGGAUUCUCGAGGCCAAAAUUCACAGAAUGGAACAUUUAAUUCAUUUGAAAGAUGUGAGAAUAGAUGACUUACAAAACAGACUAGAAACAAUGCGUCCAACUGGAGUACGGAGGAUGUAAAAUCUUAAAUUGGAUACAACAAAUGGGUAAACAUGGACAUUGUUUGCAAUAUAUAUGUUAUAUUUUUAUUGAUCAAUGUUGACAGUGCACUUGAAAAAUUAUAAUGGUAUCACAGUUGUUUAUUAUUGUUGGUAAAAUGGUUACAGAACGUCCUCGGUUUGUUGUUACAUCAUGUCUAUAAAUAAACAUUCCUUAAAAAUCAUCUAACUCUGUGUUAUAAUGUUUUGUUUUUUCACACAGUUUAAAUUUGUUUGUAAAGAUAAUUUUGUUGGAAAUUUGUUUUGGAAAUACAUUGAAUAUUGAAACAAAUAAUAAACAAAUUUUUGUCUGCAAGUUUUAUUAUAACCAGUGCUUAUUCCAGAUACAUUUAUUACAAAACAUAUCAUUAAUAUAAAUAAAGUGUAAUGAAAUAUAUAAAUAGAAAAUUAAUUUAUAAGAAAGUGUUUAUUUAGAUUUAUUUAAAAAAUUAGAUUGAACAUAUAUAAUCCCAAUGACAUGGAAAGUUAAAAAAAAUUCUGCAUAGAUAUUUAUUUAAUUGAGCAUCAUGGAAAAUUGAAAAAUAAAAUCAAGAUAGAUUCUGAGGAACUGAACAAUAUACUGAGAAAGUUUAAGUGUCAAAAAGUUUAGGCAUCUUGUUAUUCUAAUGAUAAAACAUUCAGGGGACUUGAUUGACAGAGUAGACAUGGUAGAAACUAAACGUUGCAUCAUUUCUUUUUUCACCAAAGAAUAUAGAUCAUCAGUUCAUUGCAGAAUGAAAUUUGAGAAAUUUUUGGAACAUUUUAUUAUACCAAAAAAGGGGAAUAGAAGAAUUUCCCAAUAAUCAAAACUGGCAUUUUAAAUCAGCAGCAUUACUUGUACGGAGAAUCCAAUCAAAUGUUGCAAUUAUUAUCACAUGACCAAUUGAAAAUUUAUAAUAUCUGCAGAUAAUAAUUUCUGAAUUUACUGUAUUUGAAAAACUUUUAUUUGUGAAUCAUACAUUAUUUUUUUUUUACAAAAAUCAUGUGAUGAAAUGAAUUAAUGUCUGUGAUAUUUUUUGUGUAGUGUUUUAUAGUACGUACUGUAAUUUUUUCAUUACUAAAUACCUGGAUCCUUGGUCAUAAAACUUUACUCAGUACUCAGGGUACAAAAUGUGUGCUCGAAACACCAAAUCUAGUAUUUUGAUUGGUUGAUUUCUAAAGUUUUAUGACCGCAAGGCCAGGUUCAAUGGCUUAGUGUAAAGAGUAGUGGUUUAUGGGUGGUUGAAUGGUUUUUUAUUUGCUCUCAAAAUCGAAAAAAACCAACCUCUACUAAUAAAUUCUUCUAAGUAGAUAAUGUGUACUGUUUAACAUGAAAAUUAUGGACCAUCAAAGUAAAAUUUUAUGUGCUUAUUUUUUUAGAAAUAAAUGUAUUGAAAAGCUUAAUCUUUAAGCUGGAAAAAUGAUGUUUUGGUCUUUUAUAUGAAAUUUAUGGUGUAAAAGGAAUAAUAAAAAGGAGUAUGGUUUAAAUAUGUUUUUAGGAUUAUUAUUUUGAAAAUAAUAUGAGAAAUAUGGAAAAAUAUGAAAUAUAAGCUGGUUAUUGAUAUGGAAAUCUAUUGAUGAUGAGAUUAUGAAUACAUAUAUAUAUAUUUACAUCUGAGCCUGUGAAAUGUUAUUUACUGUAUAGUUCUUAAAAUUAUGUACAUUCCGUCCAUUUGUUUCUUUCCAUUAACAAUCAGUUUUAUACAUUGUAAAUUUUACACCAUUUUAUUUUGUAUUUUCUGUUGCUGUUCCAUUUGAAAAAAGCAUUAAUUAUUUCAAAUCUUGAAAGAGUCUGUAAUCAAGAAUAAAGUCUUAAAGAAUAAA